CAUUGUCAGAUAUGUCAAACAAGGCCAUGAAUGAGAGUAAUACACCAACGCCACUAUAUAUAACCCGAGAUAUAUAAGGGGCUGUCUGCUAUUCUCUGGCAUCCCAUAGGAACUUGGAGUGAUAUGUAGUGCCACGCCUAGGUACCUCCUGGUGCAUACCAAUUUGUACUUGUCGCGAGGUAGCUCCAGCACACAGACAAUAGCCCCCUGGAAACUUUCUCUUCUUUCCUAAUCGAGCAUGUCCUGCUCGUCGUUCUGGCCUCGGAUUUUGAGCCUCAUCCAACGGUGCUUCAUCUUCUUCGUUGUCUUCCUCUUCGUCUUCUUCAUCAUCUCUUUCGCGUCGUUCUCGCUCUGGUCUUUGUAUCUCUUCAUCCAGGAAUCUCCACGAGUUCUCUGACUCCAUUCCUACUGUUCUAUUUCUCCUAAUACCCAAAACUAUAAGAACCUGUAGGUAUUCAACUACCUGAAUACUGCUUUCGGUAUCUAUCUAGCUAUAUCAUCCUUGUUAUUCCCUAUUUCUAUCCCUUCGGAUUCGCCAGUGCACGAGCAAGUGGCCGUUCAGCUGGCCUAUUUUCCUGCUCACCCAGUUUUACCCUAUAUAAAUACCCUAUAUAUAAGGGGGGCUAGUUUCGAUGGCUUCCAUUUGGAGGCGAAUGACUUCCAGUCCUGAUUGCCGACUUGAUGAAGACGCGUCUAAGACGCAGUCCUCACUGAGGUCGCGACGUGUAAAGAAAGACCUCCAUCGCCGUCGAAGCCUGGCUGGUCUCUUUACUACCUCACCUCCGUCCAAAGAGCCGGACCAAAAUAUAACAACUAUUACAUGCGAAGAGAGAAUCCAUUAUCCGCUGUACAACCCUCGCGAUCCUAGACAUAACAUAGACACUCUUGCCUGUGAUAGUAAGGACAAGGGAUUCUGGACUACCUACGGCCGAUCUAUAAGAUCACGCUUUCAAGGUUCCGCUAAGUCCGGAACAGUAUCUCCAAGUAUCCAGCAACGGAACUCUCGUCGGAGCAUCCGAUCUAGCUUCGUGUCCUUUACUAGCUCGUCACGACUCAUGAAACGCUUCUCCCGCUCGGAAACGCCUUCCAAACCUCCUUUGAGCUCAAUUUGGGAGCCCCAAAGCGCGAGUCAGGAGGUAGCAUGCAAGCUCCUGCCUGAUAAGAUUGACGACUCCCAACUUUCGGGUUUCCAUGAAGCCUUGGGCGCCCCGCGGCAAUAUCUUUUGCCGUCACUUCCAUCAAUGUCAUCAGGCUUAAUGUCCCCAUUGGAAUUGGAAGCCUGUACUGCCGGAGCGCAUACGGAGCAGGAAACAUCCUACCCUCAAAAUUAUGGAUCUGGACCCCAAACAUUCAGUCGGCCACUCCAGCCGUUUCAUAUUCUGCGGAACGCAGUGUCUUCCAUGUCCAGUGGCCAGUCAGCAGUCCAGGCACACCCAAAAUAUGCCAAUAUCUCAAAUAACAGAUCCGAAAUGGCCAGCUCACCAAUACCCAUCACGUCGAAGCGCCCGCCGCUUAACCACCAGCAAGCUCGCAUGGUAAAGGCAAGAGAUGGUGCAAACAUGUCAACUUUGUUGAGUAAACAGAUGCAUUCGCACUCAUCUACACUUGAUGACAAAAAGAAUAAUGAGAGCCAAAUAUCAAAAAUUUUAUCUAACGGUGCAAAACCUGAGUCGCUUCUUAACCUUGGUGAGCAGUGGCUAGAAACUCGAAUGCAACCACUCCGCGAAGUCAGCCCCGGAAUCUCACAACCCAGCACUGCCACCGAUUCUGAAUUUGGAGUAGAAAUGCACCGCACCUCCGGCCCGCAUUAUUAUGCUUCUACCACGGAGAGUGACGCGGUUCUUAGCUCCUGGCUUUCUUCAUUGUCUAGUAUUUCUCAUCCACGCGAUAAUACUGAUAUUUCUGGAAGCACCCUGUGUCGCUCCCCGCCUUCUUCGACAAGGCACCCAAGCCGCGCUGGGCAAGCUGGACUUGUUCAAGGACUUUCAGGAUCGAAAACGAGGCAUUGCAGUGAACCCUUGAUUCGCGAUAAGGCUGCCACGAACAAACGUGAAGAAACGCCCUCUAAAUCUAACUCUCUGCGGCCCGAAGUAUCCACUGAAUCUAUGGGACAGGAAAACCCUGAUAAUCCCAACUCUGUAAGAAAUAUUCAUCUAGAGGUUGGCAGGCCUUUUGAGGUGCCGAAUGCUCCCGUUAACCUACAUAUGAAGUCAGAAGAAAAUUCAAACCCGGUAUCAAAUUCGUUCAGAGACAACGGUGAUCUUAAAACCGCAUUUACUAAAGGAGACUUCUGGUCUGGUUCGAUUGAUUCACGAAUUAGAAAUGGCGACCUCAAACAACUUCCCAAUGAAAAUAGGCCGGAUUCCCCAGUCCUAGAUGGGCACGACACAGAUGGUCAUGGUGAAGUUCAGUUUGCCACAGAAUGCCCGAUCAUGCCAGUUACUCACCCAAAGGAAACUAGAGCUCCUAGUUAUAGUGGAAAUACACGACCACCACAAAGCGUUUCUCAAGAUGCUCCAAAUAGGAAAAUAAUCUCCACCUGCAAAACAUCUUGCAUCCCUUGCGCAAAGACUCCAACAGAUUGCGGCACUACACCCAUGGAGAGAAGGGAAAGUCAAGUUGCCGAUGAUAGGGGUUCCAAGUCCUCUUGUACUCGCAAAAAUGGAUCGAGCAGUGGCUCCGGCUCCGGCUCUGGUGAUUCAGGCCAAAGUGACCCAUUAACCAAUAGUACGGCCGGGACCAGCGUUGUUGAUUUUACAAGUGAUCAGAACUUGACUGCAAAGAGAAACGAGGAUCAACGCACCGCGAGUCCAAUGGGCAUCAAGGCUCUAGCAUAAAAAGUCGAUGAUGAAAUAAUAUUUAAAAAUCGAUGGUUACAGGUGCUAUGGCUGGGAAAUCUUCCAGGUUUUGAGCCACAGAGGGAUAUUUGUGCAAAGAUAUAUCUCAUCAUGCUCUGCUUUUUCUGCACCACAGGUAAUAGAAACGGGCAAAUCCUCUACCGUACAUCUUCUAUUCGUUUCUUUUCUCUCGCGUUUUCGCUUUCCAUUUCCAUUUUCUUCUCUUUUUCGCCCCCAUCACCGCUAGCUAUGCACGCAUAUCGACGUGUCAUAGAGUAACUAAUUCUUUUCACGAAACUGUAUUUUCUGCCACUGAUAUCCCCUUCUUUCUAAUGCCGCUGAGAUCUUCGUGGCCUCAUGUCCUCGUUACUUAUAUAUACUUCCUUCCCUAUACUUAACAUUGAUGUUUCAAAGUAGUUAAUUCCCCGAAUGGGCAAGCGAGCGAGCCAACAAGGGGAACAGCUGAGCGAAAUGUUACUCAGGGGGGCGAGCAUAAUUCUAAACAGCUACGACCCAGGCUCUGUAUGAUUAUGAUGAUGAUGAUGAUGCCUGGGGGUCUCUAUCCUCUGUUUGGCCGUCUGUAUAUGUGUACGUAUGCAUGCUCGCGAGGUAAAUGUGAUACCAGUUGAUAUUUGUUAGACAACGCAAUAUAACGCAAUAUAAUUAAUUUUCAUGUACUGUAC